UGUGUAUCGAGAAGCACAUAGGUUAAAUUUUUCUAGCCUCGCGGUCAGAUACGAACGAUCGCAUCCCGCGUUCGCCGGCAGCAUCCCUCGAUCUGCACGGUUCUUUUUUCCGUCACCUUGAUACCAAAUUAAAAAACGAUCUUCACACUCGUUAACACUUCGUUACCUCGGCUUUAAAGCGGGCCUUUUCGUCUCAUGUGCCAAAAGUGCUAAUUGCCUGCAAUCGUUUCGCUUCUGACAUUGUCGUUGUAUCGUUGGUGCGUGGCUUUGACGUUUAUACAAUUUAUAAUCAAGUGCGCGGUGUUUGAUAUAAUAUCACGAUUUAAUUAAAUUUCAAACCUUGUUACAUGAAAUUGUCAGGAGAAUCAAAUGCAAACUUUGUAAAAAUGAUUGUUUUGGAAUAUUGACCGAUGAUAAAUUAUUCUCGAGUCUUGUUGAAUAGUUUGUGCACAAUUUCAGUACCUCAGAAAUUUCAACGUGUAUGAGUAGAUUUUCGGAAAGACAGUGCUUCUUUAUGUAAAUAAAAGGGAUAAAAUCCAGUUGUACUUUCACUCGUUUUAAGCGCACUUUGACAACUACUCGAACUCUAAAAAAUUUAACUACGGAUACGUGAGCUUUUCGAAAUUAACUCAUGGUACUUGUCAAUGUUUUCCCUCAGAUGCAAAAAAUCAUACUGCAGCAAUGUAAAAUGAAUUCGAAAAAGUAUAACCGGUGUAAACGAGUGUUUCCAAGUUUCUGAAGGCUCUAACCAAAUGAUCGUCAAAAUAACAAAAAAAAAAAAAAAAAAUUGCGGCGUGUAUAGCGACUGAGUAAAAAAAAAACUCCUCACAUUUUUUGGACCUGUGUUACAGAAGUUAGUAAAAGUUGGUCUGUAGUGAUUAAUUAAGUGAAAGUAAACUCACGGUUCAGCAUAUUUGCUUUGCAGAAAUUUCGCGCUUCAAGACUUGGAAUCGCGCUUACAGACUCGAAUGAUAAUCGUCGAGUCCAAAUUUAAUGCGCAACCGCACUGACAAUGAGAAUAUUGGUUAAUCCAGGCGCGAUAUAAUUUGUGGGAUAUAACAACGAAGGUGACGAAAUGAACAUGGUCGAAUCGCCCGAUCACAGUAGACGGUCCGAUGGUUAUAAGGCCGGAGAUAGAUACUUGCGGGGGUAAAUUCUAGCGGCGACUGAUUUCGAGCAAUGAUUUGAAAUGCGAAUGUUCACGGCAAGUCAAAUAUCCGGCGAGAUCACGAAGCCUAGACGUGCAGGCCUCGAUCGAGUGCGUAUAGCGGGUUAUAGUUGGCUUUUCUCCUAGCACACGUUGUUUCGCCGGUGCAGGUGACCCUAUUAUUUAUUAAUAAUGCGAGAAUCCAGCACUUAAUCAUCCCGCCCAGAGUUCAACCGUAGUUUAGAGCCCGACUAACGAACAGGCAAAUGGCCAAGAUCCUCCUCGUGGUCUCAGAUUGGACAACGUCAGGACGGAGCGCGUCGCCUGCACGAUAAAAGAGCGACAAAUAUUAAUACUACGAUCUGGAAACGUGGAACAGCCUUAAAAUCCCUCCGAUAUAUUUCGCCUUCCGAGACCCUGCGGAGGGGGGGGCGAAACUGUUCUAUUGUGCGAAAGCUCCUCGCAGAAGCUUAGAUCCGUUCUUCCACAUCCUGCAACGCCGAGAUGGCUGAACAGAGGAGAUACACUAGCCAGUAUUGCAAGCUUCGACGACUCGCGAAUCAGAUCGACUUUCAGAUCAGAAACCUUUCCUCAGAAUAUGGGCUCACCGAGGACCAAGUUGCAGAAUUCAAAGAGGCGUUCAUGCUUUUCGACAAGGACGAGGAUGGCACAAUUACAAUGGCUGAACUCGGUGUCGUUAUGCGUUCUCUUGGACAGAGGCCGACGGAAACGGAACUGCGGGACAUGGUGAACGAGGUGGAUCAGGACGGCAAUGGAACCAUCGAAUUCAACGAGUUUCUGCAGAUGAUGUCGAAAAAAAUGAAGGGAGCCGACGGCGAGGACGAACUGCGCGAGGCGUUCAGGGUAUUCGAUAAGAACAACGACGGGCUCAUUUCGUCGAUGGAAUUACGACACGUGAUGACGAAUCUUGGCGAAAAACUCUCGGAAGAAGAGGUUGACGAUAUGAUCAAGGAAGCUGACCUUGACGGUGACGGAAUGGUGAACUACGAAGAAUUCGUGACAAUUCUGACUUCCAAGAAUUAGUUUCGGAAAAUCGGAAGGAGACCAAAAUACGACCGACUAGAAGACUGCGGUGGGGAGAAUAAGGAUCAGGACAACGGCAUUGGAAAGCGGAUCACAAAGAAGCUAGGUUACGGGAGUGAAUUUGGUUCUGGAUACGAAAUUGGCGCUUUGAGAAUCACAUGACACCGGCGAAAAUUCGCGUUGGUAUAUUAUAAUAAAAAAAGGACUUCAAUAUUACGACGAGUUACGUUCCUGUUUACGAUACCUAAAUUAUCAACACGUUCAAUUAUACCGUAUUUAUAUUAUUACCAUACGUUACGAUACAACGCAGCCAAUUUGUUGCGGGCCUAAUGUAAGCGUUCGUUCUAAAAUCAAAUCGAGUUUUACAUUAACAUUACCGCCACGGUUUGUGUACACAGAGAUGAAAGACCCAAAUGAUCGAUAGGGUUGUAAUAUAGAAUCACGCAAGAGGUGGUUGAUCAUUUUUCCCACGUAAAGUGUUUUCAACAACAACGCGAAGUAUACCGUGCAUGCUUUAGACUCGAAAAACGAGAGAGCAGAAUUAUAAGAGAAAAGAAUCGCCCCUCAAUUGAAGAAACUUGAUUUACUGGAAAAUUAUCCGUUUUUCAAGGUGACUAAGUUGCCUUGAGAAACAGUUCCGAAAGUUCUAAAUCGAAUAUCGGUCAUUUCGCAUACACGCAUAUUUCGCGACAGGCAAUUAGGAGCGUCUGUUUCAGCCAUAAUAUACAUAUAUAUACAUAUAUAUACAAUAUAUAUGUAUGUAUAACGGACGUCUGCGAUUGAAUUCCUGCACGGCAAUUAUACUGAAGAAUUGAUCAAUUUUAUGUUAAUAUUUGUAACACGCUGUAUAGUUAACCUAAUUUUAUGAAUAUUAUACAUAUAACGAAGUCCGAGGCGCGUAUAAUAAUGCAGGAAAAGUGUUGAAAUGAUAUUAAAUUGUAUAAUUAAGCUUAUAUUAUAUACCGUAUAAUUUUCGAUAUACUUAUCGUAAGAUUUUUAAGCUAUAUAGUUGAUAUAGUAUAUAUUAUAUAAUAUUGAAAACAAGGUUGCUCCUAAAACAAUCAACUGAGCUUCGGUUAGCGUAUCAAAUACCCUAUAUAAUGCUAUAUCGUUACGUGAUUAAAAUUUACAAUUAUUCACACCGCACGUUUAAUACCUUGUACGCCUAAUUAUCAUUACUAUCACUAUAAUUAUUGACAUAAGUACGUUGAUUGCAACUGUAGCAAUUUUCCAAAAAAGGGGAAGAAAAGAAAUAGAAAAUGAAACGAAACGUUGAAGAGCAGAGCGUUAUUUUCAAAAUUUUAAACUUCUCGUCCUCGGUUAUACAGAGUAUCUGUAAAUUCAGCUAAAACACACGCGUUUGACGAAAUUUAUUCAAUAAUAUAGUUGGACACAUCAACAAUGACAUCUCUGACAUAUUCAUUGAUCUCAGUUUCAUCUCGACUAUAAUUAUUCGAACAAAGAAUAACAUGCGGAAAUGAAAAUUAUAUGUAUAACAUGUAAUUGAAUUAAUAUACGACAGAAAACGUUGUACGUUCUAAAUAUGCAUGAGCGUUUAAGCGUUGGCCCGAAUUUACGAUCAUAUUUCAAUUCCUUUCAAUUUGUUACUAUAGGUACAUAUAUGCCGCCAUAAUUACUACAUACAUGAUACCGAUACGAUGACAGCAUAAUUAUACCUAUAUAAUUUUUAAGGAAUUAUUGCUUUCUCAAAAAAUAUAAAUGCAUGUAUUAUAAUACGGGGAUCCAUAUCGUAUAUAAUACAUCCAUACAAAUAUAACAUGGUAAAUAAUUGCCAGAGCGUAUUACAUAUACAUAUAUAAUACAAACACAUACCUUCACGUACAUAUACACAUAUAAUAUAUUACCUGUAAUGUUGAUACUGUUCAAAUUUUAUAUAGAUAUUAGACAAUAAUGUGUUGAUAGAUUUAUUUCCAAAACAUCUGUACGUAGGUAUAUAAAAUAUGUAUAUGUACGGCGUUCAAUUUUGCCAGAUGAUAUUAAUUGUAUACCUACUGCAUUAUGUAUGGAAAUAUCGCCAAGGCGAGAUCCUGUUCGGCUAGUUUCGUUGUAGAUGCUAUUUUACGUUCGUGCAAAGUGAAGAAAAAGAGAUAUAUAUUAUACAAACAAUAUUACGUAUAUUAAGAAGGCCUGAAGCCUUGCAUAAUUAUUAGGUGUAACUACUACAAAGAGAAAAAAUGAAAACUAAAAAAGAAAUAAGAAAACAAUGAGACGAAAAAAAAAUGAAAAUUCUAAGAAACAUAAACGAUCAUAAAUCACUCAAAUAGUAAUUCAUAACGUCCCAAAGACAAUACCUUAACGGUUUAACCAAUUCUAUCCAAAGUUUUCCCUCGGUGAUCACGAUGUGUGUAUUAUAAUGAUGCUAACAUCAUCAUAUUAUUACAUGUACCUAUAGUGAUGUAUGUAUAUUAUAAUAACACAAAGAAAGAAAUAUUUCUUUUUUUUUUUUUUUGCAAAUCAAAAUUUUUUCUUACUGCAAUAUUUUCUCCGAUUUUCGAAUAAUGGGAUAACGGAUAAAACAUUGUUCCCGAAAACACAAAUCUACCGUUUUCAAAUGACUGAACUUCGCUUUCAGUGCUUGCCUUUACGAAUUUUUCGCUGAAUGCAAUUUGUUCAGUUGUAGUCUCAGAUAAUACGGCGACACAGGACGUAUCGACGAUUCUUAUACCACAUAAUUUAAAACGCUUUGAACUAAGGUUUUCUUGGCCUAAGCAUUACGACUUAGUUAUAAUAUUUCGUAAUACUGAUAAUUCAGAAAUGUAAAGCAUAAUUUCACUGUCGCAAUCUGACCGAAAAAUGUAUUUUUAUAUAGAUUGUUGAUUGCGAGCGCACGCCGAUAUUUAACAAAUUUUUAGGCAUAUUUUAUGGAAAUGUGCGUUCAAUUGUUACGCGCAAUUCUGUAAUAUCAAGUUCCCUUUUUAUUACUGUUAUUGGCUAUCCAUUCAUUGUGAGUUAUAUCGUUAUCACGCAGUUAUCAUACAAAAAAUUAAUGACGAGUACAGCGUGUCAUACAUUGAAUUCAUAUUACUAUACGGUUUACGGUGUAUUAAUUAUGUAUGAUUGAGGUCUUCCGUUUUAAAUUAUAUUUUUUAUAAAACAAUUCGCUCGUGUCUCUCGUUUUAACGCGAUUCUCAAUUCGCCUUUACUGCCAAUCAUAGCUUUCGAAUGCAACACGGCAUUAUUAUUAUUUUAAAAAUCUGUGGCUAAGCAAUUGCAAGGGUCGCAAAACUACUUGCUGAUUGGUACAAGUACCGCGACUUUGAAGUCGUUUUGAGGUGUUUAUCACAAUCACGGAAAUAUCACGGUGAAAAAAAUCAUAUACGACAAGGUUACCUGAAAUUGAAUAUACCUCAGUGACAAUCGAGGAAAACGACAAGGCAAUUAUACGAGACGGAAGGAUGGAGUCAGAAAAAGUGCGAAACGAUCCAAGCUCGUCGCGUCAUUACAAAUAACGCCGAAAUCCUGAUCAGAAGUUAAAUACUAUUUACUCGCGUGAUUGACAGAGAAAAAAAUAAAUAAAACGGAAUGCCAUUGUUGUAAUUAAAAUUCCAGGAACUUGCUUGUCUAAUAUUACGUAAUAAUGAUUCGAUUAUCACGAAAAACUCCACUUCUACGAUCAUCGAAAAAUAUUGGGUACCGCAAGCGUACAACGUUAUUUUAUAAAAUAAAAACACGCUCAAGGCUUCUAAUCUGAAAUAAUUCCUUAGAUGAGAUUAUGCCAAAGCGAUUUGAGAUUAAAUGAGCGAAAUAAAUUAUUGAAAGGAGAGGAAUUGGAAAACCAAAAGGAAUUAUUUAAUCAUCAAACAGUCGAUGACUGAAGUAAUUGAAAAAAAAAACGACAACAACAACAACAAGGUUUUAACACAACAUUAAUCAAACAGUAUAGUACCUCUAUAUAUAUAUAUAUUUAUAUAUAUAACAUUAUGAUGAACCAAUGAUUUUUAUUAUUAUUGUUAUUAUUAUUAUUAGCGAAUUGAUUAAUCGUUAUGUACUAUACAGAUGCAUAGAAUAAUAAUAUAAUACAUACCUGGCAUGUAUACCGUUAUUGUUGAAUGUGAAAUUGUAUGCUAAGUACGCGAAGCGGUCGUUUGCAAAUAGUUUCUCAAUAUGGCAAUUCAAUUGACGAGAUCAUUUGCAUAGGCUGAAUGCGUUCAUACGUAUAGGCUUAUCAUAUUUGCGCAUGUUAUAGACAAUAUGCAAUUCGCGUAUAUUUGUAAUCGAUUAGUAAAUAAGAGAACGAUCAUUCAUCAUAACUGUUUCCGAAAGGUACACCGAGUUUUAAAUGAUAAAUAAAAAUUCAAAGAAAUAUAAAUAAAUUAUUACUGUAUGUUUCUAUAAAUAUGUACACUACACAACAUGUAUGUAUAUUAUACACACAAGUGAUUGCAUAGUGUUCGGGUAGCUACAUACGUACAUUUAUAUACUUGGAUAAGCCAUGAAUCGUUUUUAUCGUCAAGAGUAAUCGUUUACCACGACAUCGGAAAUUCAGUAUUUAAUUAUUUGCGUAAAAAUUUUAUUUAUUAAAAAAAUCAUACUAAAUAAACGAUCAUCUAUAGUGAUCGGAACAAGUUGUAACAAUAAUUACCUGUAACUUUGAUUUGUUUUUCAACCAAAUAUGUUAUCCAAGCACCCGGCUUUGCUUCGCAAAACCGUGUGAAUUCUCUAAAAAUACUCAAAUUGCAGAUAGCACGAAAAAAGAAACAGUGUUGUUAUCCGGAAGCGUUGGUUAUAUACAUGAUUUAUAAUAAGGAAAAUUAAUCGUUGAUUUGAUGGGUCAUUCCUUCCAUUUCGACGAGCGCGUAAAUACACUAAAAUAAUGAGUAAUAAAAUGAAAAAAAGAAAAAGUAAAUAAGAUGGAAAUUAAUAACAAUGCUAAAUAAUGUUACCUAUACAUAAAUAUAUUGCGACCGGAACAUAUGGUGAAUGUUGAUAAAUAAUAAUUAUAAUAAGAAAAUGUCUUUCAUUAUUCAAUUAACCGAGUACAAGUCACGUAGAAGUGGAACUGUGUAGGUAAAUAUAAUACAUAUAGGCAUGUACAUGAUUUAUAUACCAUAUAUGAAUCAGCCGAGAAGGCCGACCGCAGGUCUCGUGCUUAUGUAAAGGGAGAGACGUAAAAAUAUCCUAAAAGGUGUAAGCGGAAUCAAUUUAGCGUUACAAAUUCUGAAACUACAUAAUACCUAUAUAGUGAUAACGGCGCGAAGAAAUCGUGCAACGUAUAUAUGAAGUGUAUAAUUGUUAUUCGAAAUUGAAACGAAAACGAAAUGCAUGAGGAAAAAAAAAAAAAAAGAAAGGAAAAGUAAGCGCAAUAUUGCCAUGCGGGUGGCAAUAAAAAAACAAAUAUAUAUGUUAUAUACAAAAUGUAUGCAUAGAAAUAUUUAUUUAUAUUUUUACUUCUGAAAGGUUGUAAUAACGUUUGUAACGUUACAUUUUCUAAAGUAAACAUUUAAAUAAUUAUUAUAUGUCAAAACACAUAUGCAUGUAGUAAUCUACGACGAAACGUGGUCACAAUUACGCAAUACGGGGCAAACAGGGUGUCGUGAUUUCGGUAGCAAAGAAAUGUCGAUCACACCUUUGGAAUAUCAUAAAAUAGACAUUUUUCGACUCUGCAGUAAACGGGGAAUCAGCGAAGCUUUGCUUCAUCGGAAAAUUCGAAAUCGCCGCAGAGAAGGCGAGAUCCAAACUUGCGAAGUGGAAAAACACGGCAGCCAUGACACGCAUUAAGCAAUGUUUAUUGUUUAAUGUUAACCUAGAUUUCGUGAGCAUGUACAUCGCCGUUAUUCAGCUAUUUGCAUCAAUUUUCCUCAAUUUAUUUUCUCAGGAUAAAAUCGAUCUGCGAUACGGUCUAGAAUUUAUUUUAUAUGUGAUAUCGAGGUGUGAACGAAUAUUCAUUUAUCAAAAGUGAGAUUUAGAGAGAGAAAGAAGGGAAUAAAAAAUCCGAUUCAAACCGCGCAAUCAAAACAUAAGUGUAACAAUUUAUUACAGUAAAAGAGAAUUUUGCCGAAUUCGCAUCGUGGUGAAAAUAAAUGACACGUUUCGUUGUGAGAAGGGUGGUUAAAAUUUGAUGGAAACAUUGGAAGUUCAGGCGAGAGUGAAGCCGUAUGUGUGGUGUUCCGUGUAUGUAAAACAUGUUACGUGUUAUUCAAUAAUGUAAGAUUAUAGCAUGGCAUAUGUAAAAGAAAAUAACAUUGCAAAAAAAAAAAAAAAACCCGAAAAAUAAGGGGAAAAAAGAAAAUGGUGAACGUGCAAUAUUGCAUAUGUACAUGUAUAGAAUUAUCUCUAUAAAUACAGCCAUUUUAUAAUGGAAUCACCCGAACAUCGUUUCUCUCUCUCUCUCUCUCUCUUUAUCUCUGUCUUUAGAACCCCGCACAUUUCCUCCGAUUGAUUUUUCCAAGUUGUUUACCACUCUCGAUAUAUUGUUAUCGUGUGAACGAAAAUUAUACAUCAAUACUUUGACUUAGAAGAAUUAUUUAUUAUUAUAAUUGUUAUCAAUAUUAAUAACAUUCAAGUUAUUAUCAUCAUCCAGUGACAGAUAUAUUAUUGUGUCAGGGUUGAAAUAAAAAAAAGAAAAAUUUAAAUCGAACAUCGAUCUACCUCUCUACCAAUGGAAUGCUUGCUCAAACAUCCCGGGAAGAAUGAUACCUCACGAAGAGAAGAGGGAAAUAACAAUUUCAAAUUAAUCACAUACUGUGCUUCAUCAUUUUCCCGUUGUAUAGUUUAGAAAGACCUCGGAAGCGUUUCAAGAUCACGUAGGAAGCGUUUCAAGAUCACGUAUAGUACAAACACUACGAGUAAUUGGUAUCAAACUAUUAAUGUGAAUUCUUGGAUUAAGUGCUCAUUUACAUUACGUAUUGUAUGUUCGUAAAAAUGUUUGAAUCUUUAUAUUUUUCGUUAAAUUUAUUUUGUUAAAAUUUUUUUAUUCAAUUUAGUUUGCCUCGCUUUGAAUUUCUUAAUAUAUUUUACAAUUAAUUUACAUAUUAUAGGUUUCACAGAGCCUAUAAUACUGUUUUCUUACAUUUUCUACAAGGUGUUUAUUCUUCGUUUAACAUAGGUUGUAAACAGUAUUGUUUCACCACCAAGUUAUCAUAUUUAAAUAUGAAAAAUGAUCCAAUUUCUUGAUUUACUUUCUUCUUCCUUUUCUUCAUCAUUGUCUUAAUUCGCGAAUUAUUUAAGUAACAAUCACAACAAAGCUCAUUUUACGUUUUACUAUAAUCAUCAGGCCUAAGAAGCUUACUUUUACAGUGGCAGAUAAUAAUUUCUGUAUACAUAAACCUAUUGUACUAUGUAUUUGUACAAAUUAUAGAUAAUAUCUUCAAAUGUCGAACCUUUGUGCAAGAAUCUGAUUAAAACGAUUGAAAUAAAAUAAACUUAUCAGGGUAAUUGUGUUUUGCGAUAUGGUAAUUUGACAAAAUAACGGCUCAGACAUAGACGUAUUCAUCUAUCUAUUUACAUCGCGUGGGUUUA